AUGUCCGCCCUCCCCUCCCUCCUGAACCGCCUAGCCGUCCCCCUCGGUGUAGGCUUCGUAGCCCUCCAACCCGCCAUCUACGACGUCGAUGGUGGUAAACGAGUCGUCAUAUUCGACCGUUUCUCCGGAGUACGCGAUACGGUUGUGGGAGAGGGGACUCACUUGCUCAUGCCGGGGAUUCAGAGAGCCAUCCCUAUGGAUAUUCGAGUUAGGCCUAGGACGAUCACUACGCAGACGGGAAGUAAGGAUUUGCAACAGGUCAGCCUCACGUUGAGGGUGUUGAGUAGGCCGGAUGUGAAGGCUUUGCCUAGGAUCUAUAGCAACUAUGGGUUGGAUUAUGAUGAGCGUAUUCUCCCCAGUAUCGCCAACGAGGUCCUCAAAUCCGUCGUAGCUCAAUUCGACGCCUCUGAACUCAUCACUUCACGCGAAGUGGCCUCAUCUCAAAUUCGUACUCAACUCGUAGCUCGAGCCAGCGAGUUCGGUAUCCUUUUGGAGGACCUGGCUUUGACCCACCUCACCUUUGGCAGCGAGUUCACCCGCGCCGUAGAGCGUAAACAGAUUGCUCAACAGGAGGCGGAGAGGGCUCGAUUUGUUGUAGAACAAGCAGAACAGGAACGUCAAGCUGCAGUGGUUAGGGCUGAGGGAGAGGCGGAGGCUGCUGCGCUUAUUAGUAAGGCAUUGAGUAGUGCAGGGGAUGGGUUGUUGACGUUGAGGAGGAUCGAGACGGCUAGGAGUGUGGCACAGGAGCUUGCUCAGAGUAGGAACGUCACGUACCUUCCGCAUGGGGGGUCGAGUGUAUUGCUAAACAUGCAGGGUCAGGGGGGACAGUAG